CACCUCCUCUCCCUUUCGGCUUUCGGACACGGUAACUGCUGUGAGUUGUGCCGCCCGUAUUGUCGACAUGGUGAAGCUGAGCAAAGAGGCCAAGCAAAGGCUGCAGCAGCUCUUCAAGGGCGGCCAGUUUGCAAUCCGCUGGGGUUUCAUCCCUCUCGUGAUUUACCUGGGAUUUAAGAGGGGUGCAGAUCCUGGAAUGCCUGAACCAACCGUUUUGAGCCUACUUUGGGGAUGAAGGACUAUUUGGUCAUCUGGAUUUGGAAGCUAUCAUGGAUAGGAAAGACAUGGAAGGUGUGCACUCUGGCUGGGCUAAGAAAUGGGACAUCGUUGAGACAUUAUCGCCAGUUGGACGUCACAGGGCUCUUCACAGAUGCAUCUUAGCAGAGUGGAACCUUUACUGAGUUACUUAUGAUAGACUGUAU